GGAUCCGCGCGGCCCCGGCCGCCCGCGUCACGUGACGGCGGCGCGCCGUGUCACGUGAGCCGGGCGCCGGGCGCGAGCCAAUGAGCGGCUGGGGGCGGGUCCCGGGCGGCGCGCGCGAAGGGAACGGGGGUCUCGGCGGCCGCGGGCCGGGCUCGGCAGCAUGAAGUGUCUGGUUGCCGGGGGCAACGUGAAGGUGCUCGGCAAGGCGGUCCACUCCCUGUCCCGGGUCGGGGACGAGCUCUACCUGGAGCCUCUGGAAGACGGGCUCUCCCUGCGCACCGUGAACUCCUCUCGCUCGGCCUAUGCCUGCUUCCUCUUCGCGCCGCUCUUCUUCCAGCAGUACCAGGCGAUCACCCCCGGCCAGGACCCCCUGCGCUGCAAGAUCCUGAUGAAGUCGUUUCUGUCCGUCUUCCGCUCGCCGGCUGUGCUGGAGAAGACGGUGGAGCGGUGUUGCCUGUCCCUCAACGGCCGGAGCAGCCGCCUGGUGGUCCAGCUGCACUGCAGAUACGGGGUGAGGAAGACACACAACCUGUCCUUCCAGGACUGCGAGUCCCUGCAGGCCGUCUUCGACACCACCUUGUGUCCCCACUUGCUCCGCGCUCCAGCCCGGGUCCUGGCCGAGGCCAUCCUGCCCUUCCCCCCGGCACUGGCCGAAGUGACGCUGGGCAUCGGCGCGGACCGCAGGGUCAUUCUGCGCAGUUACCAGGAGGAGGAGGCAGACAGCUCCGUGAGAGCCAUGGUGACCCAGAUGAGCCUGGGGGAGGCCGACUUCCAGAAGCUGCAGGCCCAGGAAGGGGUGGCUGUCACUUUCUGCCUCAAGGAAUUCCGGGGGCUGCUGAGCUUCGCAGAAUCAGCCAACCUGUCUCUGAACAUUCACUUCGACGGGCCUGGCAGGCCUGCCAUCUUUGCCAUCACAGACAACCUGCUGGACGGCCACUUCGUUCUGGCCACUCUCUCAGAGCCAGACCCUCCCCCCCAGGCCCUGGGCCCCUCGGCACCCCGCAGGUCACAGUCGCAGCCCCACAGCACGCCCAACCUGGAUGACUUUGCCAGUGACGACAUCGACUCCUACAUGAUCGCCAUGGAAACGCCAGUGGGCAGCAGCGAGGGCUCCCUGGCACCUGACCUCCCGCGCCCCCACAACCCCAGCCCCCCCUCCGAGGAGGAGGAGGAGAGCGAAGAAGACGACGCAGAACCCAGCACAGUGCCUGGGACGCCCCCCACCAAGAAGUUCCGCUCGCUGUUCUUCGGCUCCAUCCUGGGCCCCGCGCGGUCCCCGCAGGGCCCCACCCCUGUGCUGGCCGAGGACAGCGAAGGCGAAGGCUGAGCCAGCGCUACGGAGCUUCGUGUCCGGGCCCAGGGAGCCCGCCCUGGCGGCGGCAGCCCAUGGCAGAGCCGGAAAGGAGCAGGCGGCCCUGCCUCCUCCCCCGACCCCCCGUAAUCAUGUCACAGGGAGCGCCCUCACCUCCGCUCCCCGAGAGUCAAUCACCCGCUCCCCUGUCAGUCAAUCACGAGCUGUCCUCCCCUC